GUGCACCUUGCCAUCUUUUAUUCUUUCCUUGCAAAACAAAGCAACAUGAGCAAAGUUCUAUUCCUCACCUUUGUUUGUUGCAUUGGAGCACAAAACAUUAAGCAGCCAAAACGUUUGCAAACCUCUAAACUGGGUGAUAAUGUCACUAUUGAGUGCUACUUACCCAGUACAGAUUUUAACAAUAUGGUCUGGUACAAGCAGGAGAUGGGAAAAAAACUUCAAGCCAUUUUAAAAAGUUACAUUUACCUGACGAAGGUUGACUUUGUUGAUGGAUAUACCGAUGGUCGUUUUAACGUAACAAUAGAAAGAGGAGUUUAUCAUUUACAGAUUUCUUUGACUAAAAAGGAAGAUAUAGCAACAUACUUUUGUGGUGUGAUAUCUUUGGGAGAACUGUAUUUUGGACCUGGAACAUUUUUGAUGCUUCACGAAAAACACACCACAACAACAGUUCUUCAGGAGCCGAUUUCAGAUACAUUUCACAUUGGAGACAAAAUUACCCUCAUGUGUAGCAUUCAAACGGUAGAUGAGAAAUGUGCAGGAGGACACCAUGCAUACUGGUUCAGAGAGGCUGCAGAUGAAUCUCGUCCUGCCAUCAUUUACGCUGAUGGAGAUAUGAAGAAACAGCAUGAAGAGAGCUGUAAGAGUGAUUCUGCUUCACAGACCUGCAUUUACACCCUCACAAAGAGGAACCUCAGCCGCUCCGAUGCUGGUACUUACUACUGUGCUGCAUUCGCAUGUGACAAGAUAAUGUUUGGGAAAGGAACUUAUCUGGAAUUCAUACCUGACAGUGAGUCGACAGCAACUCCAUUGUUUCUUAUACUAGUCUCAUCAAACAUAAUUUCUAUGGUAAUAAUGGUCUUACUUGUGGCCAUGCGAUGUAAGGACAAAGGCAGAUCUUCAGCCCAUUUCAACAGAUCUUGUGAUUAUGAGACAUCUGAAGGUACUCAGGUUGGAAAUGCAGAUGCGUUGACUUACACGUCUGUGAGUUUCAGCAGUAGAUCACGGCCCUCUAGAGGUGCUACACAACACAACAUUUCCCAGCAUAAUGAUGUCUACUCAAAGAUCAGGUCCUAACAAAGGACUUCUGCAAGACCUUUCCUGUUCUCUGUACUUGAGUAAUCCAAAUGUGCAAAUGCAUAAAGUAUGAUGAUUUAAAAUGAGAUCCAGUAGUUAAUUUAUAAAAUAGCUGUUGUCUGAACAUACAAUCAUUGAGUCUGCUUCCUCCCUUGAUUAACCCCAUUUUGAAAUAAAAAAACUCAUGCAUCCUUA